AUGCACACCUCCACACUCGUUUGGCUGUCAGCAGCCCUGCCGCUCGCUUUCUCCCAGGACUCGGUCAGCUAUGACAUGCAAGACUACUCGGCGCAGAGCGAGUCGCCGUCGCAGAGUUACAUGUCCAAUGCGAACGUUUCGCCUCCGGAAAUGCUUGUCAACAAGAAUGGAUCCGGAUUGAUGGACGGAUACAUCUUCAUCGGUGUCGAUGGGUCGCCUGACAGUGGGCAGGAUUGGCCUACCAUAUUCGAAUUCUCCGACGACAUCGUCGGCAGCCUCAUUUGGACAGGAAACUACUCCAAACCCUUCGACUUCAAAGCCUCGACCUACAAAGGCAACCCCGUCCUGACCUUCUGGUCUGGCGAGCUCCUCGACGGCUACGGCCGCGGCUCCUUCUACAUCCUCGACCAAUCCUACACCGAAAUCGCGCAUUUCCAAGUCGCCAACUUCGGCGACAACAUGGGCGACAUCCACGAGUUCGAAAUCACCGCCGACGACACCGCCUUAGUCGCAAUCUACACCGCCAUCCCCUACGACCUCUCCCCCUCCGGCGGUCCCGAAGACGGCUGGCUCUUCGAGUGCACCUUCCAAGAACUCAACAUCGAGACCGGCGAGCUCGUCUUCCAAUGGAACUCCACCACGCACGUGGGCAUCGAGGAAUCCUACAACCCCCUGCCCUCGGACGUCGGAACGUCCGAAGACGCGCCCUGGGACUACUUCCACAUCAACUCCAUCGAAAAGGACACCAACGGGGACUACCUCGUCAGCGCAAGAGUGAUGGACUGCGUGUACAAGAUCUCCGGCGACGACGGCAGCAUCAUCUGGCGUCUGAACGGCAAGAAAUCCGACUUCAAAGUCGACCCCGACGCGGAGUUCGCUUUCCAGCACGACGCGCGCUGGGUCGACGCGAAGCAAACCCGUCUCACGCUCUUCGACAACGGGCCCACGGACACCAUCGACUACUCUCGCGGCCUCCUCCUCGACGUAGACCAAGACGCCAUGACCGUGAAGCUCAACACCGAAUUCACCAACUCCGAUCAAACCUUUUCCGAAUUCGAAGGCUCCCUGCAACCCAUCGACCCGACCAACACUUCCACCAACUUCCUCCUCGGCUUCGGGUCGCAGCCGUACUUCGCCGAGCUCGACCACAACGGCAAUUUGUUGCUCGACGUCCAAUUCGGCGCCUCCAACGUCGUAAACUCCUACCGCGCCUUCCGUCAGCCCUGGGUCGGCAAACCCACCACCAAUCCCGACAUCCACUGGGAUAAAUCCGGCAAGUCGGCGUAUUUCUCCUGGAACGGAGCAACGGACAUCGUGUCCUGGACCGUCCUCACCGCUCCCUCAUCCAACUCCUCGACCUGGACGAACGUCACGUCCGCCGUGCGAACAGGCUUCGAAACCACCAUCGACCUCUCCGACGCCAAACUCGACACCUUCGUGCGCGGCAAAGCGGUCGCGAAAGAUGGCUCAGCGCUGGGCUGGACGCUCGCCUCGAACGGAAACAGACUCUUCGAGGCGCCGACGAAGGUCAAGGAGACUGGGUCUGUGAAGUCGCCGAAACCGACUACGAGCUCGAGUGGUGGGAGCGGAAAUGGGAAUGGCAAGGGCGGGUCGGCUACGCGGGUGACGAGCCCGCCGUCCAGGACGCAGGGGGCGGAGAGCAGCUCAUCGAGUGGAGCGGCGGCGCGGGCGACGGGGGGUGUGAUGGGAGAGGUGUAUGUGGCGGCUGUGGUGGUGAUGGGUGGGUUGGCGAUGGUGUAG